AUGGACUACAUCGUACCUGCAGUUCUUUUGAGAACACGAGGGAACCCAUACAGCGCUCCAGGUGACGCUCCACCACCAUACGAGCCCAUCGAUCCGGAAGUAGCACGGAGACGAACCUACGUCCAAAGAAUCCAAUACUGUCAAACAGCCGGCACCGUCCUUCUCGUGCCUGUCAUGCUCAUUGUCCAAGUACCGUUUCUGCGGCUGGCAGACAAGCACUUCUCGCCCUCAGUCGCCAGAGGCAUAAGGCGAUCAUACCUACGCGGCGCGCUGGCUGGUAAUCUGGCUUUCGCGAUGGCAGAAAUCAUACCCUACACAGGCCUCGAAAUCUACGGACUCAACAUCUGUCCACAGCUUCUCCCUAAUACUGCCGAGGGCAUGAUCGAGCUGGAGGGAGCCGAGCGAGCUGCUUUGUCCUGGCCAUGUCGAAGGGAGAGGAUCCGUUUGUGGAGAGAAGGGCAAGGCUAUCCUUUGUGCGACAGGUUGGACAGCGCGAAUGGAGCGACACCGCUGGUCAGGGAUCUGGUUUCUCAUUUGGAUUAUGAUAUCUGGACGAGGAGGGAGAAGUCCACGGCGCUGCAGGGUGUUGCGAAGUUCAUCGGCGAAGCACUUGUCGUGUGCUGGACGACCUAUCAAGAUGAAAUGGAGCGUGCCAAGCAGAAGGCUGCAUCCAGCGUGUCUGGAGAGAGCACGCAGGAGAGGGAGAAUGCAAGAGACAGUUUCUUGUGGAAACACCCAAGCACUGUCAAGAACGAAGUCAUUCAACGCACGCAUGAACCGAGUUCAGCGGAGGUGCCCCAAGUCCCAAAGGCAGAGGUCGCCCCUGAUGAUGAGAGUGACGAGGAAGAUGAGGCUGCGUUGUUGGCUUUCAGGGGAGCUACAGCUUGGGACUGA